CUGGGAUUGGCCCAGAGCUCCCCUCUCUGGUCUGCUCUCCUGCCCAGCCUCAGACCCUCUCUGCUGGAUCCCACUCAGGGCAGACUCCCCCUGGUCAGAUCCAUCCUCCACCACCUGUCGCACGCCUCCAACCCCUACAGCAUCGGUCUACUAUCACCCCCCUCGCCCAACCACUACUCACACCACCCCCCCAGAAACUCCUAUACCCAGACCUCACAAGUAUAGAUAUGAAGGCCUCCAUUUUCCUUCCACGUGCACAACAUCCACGCAAUGAACCCAUCACCCCAUCCCUCGGAACCUUCCCCUCGGUUUCCCUCAAUGUUGCAACUGGGUGUGUACCAGUGGGGGUAUUCCAGGAACCAUUCUCUACACUCUUUGCACUCAUGGGAAUUCCCACUUACCACAUGGGAAUGGGCAUACCACCACCACCUCCUAAUGCCCAUCAGACAGACACAACCCCAACACCUCGCCCCUCUGAGGUGAAUCUAAAGGCCCAACAGCCCCGAACAGAAGCACAACUUGAUCCCCCUACGUCCUCCUCUGAGGUACCCAUGGAGGCCCAACCCCAAAAGGUAGUCCCCUCAUCCCCCCAACCCCCGGACAUGGCCUGCUCAGAGGACCCAAAUUCCGAGACCUCCUCGCCCCUCCCUCCCUGUAAUUGCCCUCUGGAGGUCUCACAGAGGAAGCCAUCUGAAGUGGAUGAAGGAUCUGUUGGGCUAACACUCCCCAAAGAAUGCCCUGAUGAAGAGCCAGAUCUUGAGCCCCCGCGGUGCACUUGCCCCUCACGUCUGACAAUGCUGACGACCUUCAUCGCCGUCUUCAUCAUUCUUUUCAUCUUCUUCGCCAUUUUAGUCAAGUUCCUGUGUUUCCCACCCAACCUGACAAACAUGGUGCAGCCAUGUGGCGUUAAAGGGAACUGCAGUGUCCCAAUGCCAGUCCUGCUGCCCAAGCAACCCAUCAACCAGACAGGUAACGCCAGUGCAGGUUGCCUAGGUCCAGUUGGUGCUGGUCGGAAAGCUUGGAGGAUUGUCGGGGGGAUGUUAGCAGAAGACAAGUGGGGCUGGCAGAGCAGUUUACAUUGGAGAGGGAAACAUGUGUGUGGGGGAGCCAUCGUCACCCCACGUUGGAUUAUUACUGCAGCCCACUGCUUCAUCCAGUACAACAUGUUGCAAGAGUCAGAGUGGCAGGUGGUUGUGGACACGCUCAGUUUGACGGACACAUCAGUGGGCCAACGCUACAGAGCACUGCAGAUCCUCUAUCACCCCAGCUUCUCCGUAAACAACAACGACUAUGACCUGGGGCUACUACGCACCGUGGCUGACAUAGACAUGGGAGGUGGGGUUCGACCAGUAUGUAUGCCCAGUCCUAGAGAGUCCUUCCUUCCUGGUGCCCCCUGUUGGGUCACUGGCUGGGGCUUCACUAAAGAAGGGGGCUCUGUAUCGUCUGAGCUGCGACAGGCUCAGGUGCAAGUGAUAACCCAGUCCAUGUGUUCCCGCCCGAAUGUCUACGGCUCCUACCUCACUCCCAGGAUGCUUUGUGCUGGCACCAUGGAGGGAGGGGUGGACUCAUGCCAGGGAGACAGUGGAGGCCCGCUGGUGUGUGAAACAGGGAAGGGGGACUGGAGGCUGGCUGGGAUAGUGAGCUGGGGAGAUGGCUGUGGUCGGCCCAACAAACCAGGAGUCUACACCAGGGUCACCCAGCUGCUCCCCUGGAUGUACAAAUACGUAGAGAUGGACACAUUUGAAGAAUCUGGAACCCUAACAACAAUGAAUUUUACCUCUGACAGCUAGAUUUUAUUAGCAGUAAUGCGACCAAUUACAUGUAUG